AGUUAGUUGCUUGUCAACCGCCGACUGAGACACACGUAAAAAUGUUUUUGUUGCUGAUAACGCUCGUUUUUGUUCUAACAGCUUUUUAUUUCUACCUAAAAUCUCCCUAUACGUAUUGGAAGAAGCUUGGAGUGCCAGGACCUGAAGUGAAUUCGUGGUUGGGACACAUUCCAAGCGUUUGGCAUAACAAGCAAAAUUAUGUUUAUGAGUUUGCGGAUAUUUAUCGAAAAUAUCGAUUUAAGCAUCCUUUUGUGGGAAUUUUUGUACUAAGACAACCUCAAUUGGUGAUAAUUGAUCCAAAAAUCGUGAAACAAGUUCUCGUGCAAAAGUUCAAGUGCUUCCGGGAUAAUUAUUUUAGCGAUCCGGUGACCAAACAAACUGAUAAGCUACUUGGCAGAAACCCCUUCAACUUGAAAGGUGACGAAUGGAAAGAAAAGCGCGGCGAAUUAGUGCCUGGAUUUUCUGUCGUUAAAAUCAAAAGCCAAUACCCGAUAAUCGAAGAUGCAUGCAAAAAACUCGUCGCUUACAUCACCGCACAACAAAAUCCGAUCGAUGUGCGAGAUUUAACGGCCCGCUACACAUCCACAGUUGUCUCGAGCUGCAUUUAUGGCGUCGAUGCCGAGUCAUUUUCCGAAGAAAAUCCGUUGUUGCUUGACAGAGCGCGGAAUAUCAUGUCGGAAAAAAUGUGGACUCAGCUGAAAAUUAUUUCGUUCUUUCCAUUUUUGAAUAAAUUCUAUAAAACGUGCUACGUGGACAGCGUUAGUGAGGAAUUUUUCCUGAAAUUGAUGAAAGAUGCGUGUAUUCAUCGGGAAUCGAGUCACGAGAAGCGAAAUGAUUACCUGGAGUACUUGAUUGACUUGCAGCAAAGGAAGGGAUCGACGAGAUUAGACACAGCAGCGAACGGAUUGACGUUUUUCUUGGAUGGAUUUGAUACUUCGAGCAUUUUUAUGUUCUUUGUGUUGUAUGAGCUCUCAAAGCAUCCUGAGAUCCAAUUGAGACUACGAGAAGAGAUCGAACACUAUUUUUUGCUUCAUAACGGAAAACUUUCGUACGAUUUUGUUGAAGAAAUGCCUUAUUUAGACAUGGUCAUCAAUGAGACCCUCAGAAUGCAUCCCGCUAUCCCAGUUGUUGCUAAACUCGUUACCGAAGACGUUGAAUUGCCUCUAGCUGACAACAAAACUGUUCAAAUUAAAAAAGGAACGACUGUCAAUAUUCCAAUUUAUUGCUUCCAUAACGACGAAGCUUACUACACAAACCCGGAAAUUUUUGAUCCCGAACGUUUUAGUCCUGAAACUGGAGGCACUCGAGAGUUCAAAGAGAAUUGUGUCUUCUUACCUUUCAGCGAUGGACCCAGAAUUUGUUUGGGAAUGCGCUUUGCUUUGGCACAAGUUAAAAGAGGAAUUGUCGAAAUUGUGAAAAAUUUCGAACUAACAUUGAAUGAAAAGACAAAAGAGCCCUUGAAGUAUCAGAGAAAGGCGUUUUUGUUCAUUUCGAGUGUCGAGAACGAGGUUUUGAUUGAUUUUAAGAAAAUUUAAAGAAAAAUAUUUAAAAAAAAAUUUAAAAAAAUAAAUAAAUAAAUUUAAUUUAAUUUAUUUUUUU